AAAGUUAAGCGACAAUUCUUCUAUGAGGCUGUUGUAGCUUAAAUUCAUAUUACGUAAGUAGCAGCAGCAGUACAGCUUGUUGUUUGUACGGCACAACGCAGCACAGCUGAUAACAACACACUUCACUGAAUUACCGCUGUCGGAGAUGGUUUCAGCUAGCAGAGAAGCACAUGUUUUUUGUAAGGGGAACACACAUUUAAAAUCCAAAACAAGGUUACAAGGAAGAUAGGAUAUAGGCGAAGCAACUGCAUCCUGGUGUACAUCAAAUCUGAUAUACUAAAGAAUUUACAAUUGUUGAAAUUCUUUACCGGAAUCGAAGUGGGUUCAUACUGUGUUCGAAUACAGCACUAAUAAGUCAUUGGGAAGCAGCCACACUGCGGUGCAGUCGUGAAGGGUUCAGCAGAAAGAUUCUACGUCAGGACUUAGUUACAGGAUGUAAACAAACCAACACCGGUUGUAAAGUGGAGAAACAUAACAGGAAGUGUACAAAAGGGAUCUGAAGAAGGGAAGAGACAGUAUAUUGUGCUGUGUUUGUUGAUUGAUCUCAGGCCAGACCAGAUAAUCAAACGGUUACAUCGCUGAAAUGGUUUAAUCGUCGGUUCAUAUCAUUAACAAAGCCUUCCACUGCACUACAGGAAACCAGUUAUUGAAAAUCGAACGAAAAAUCGAUAAAGAAACAAUAUUUGUCCAUAGUCUUGCCACCACUAAUCCGGAAUACAUGUCUUCUGGAAACAACAAAAACAGCAAAAAGAAAAACAAGAAAAACGUCGACGUCAGCAGUAGCAGUGUGAGCAGAACUAAAAGAAACAUCGAAAGCAAGAAUAACCGCAAGAAUAACGAAAACAAUAGCAGCAACAUCAGCAGCAGUAAUACCAACAACAACAAUAGCAAUAAGAAGUGUAACAGCAAACAACAACAACAACAGCAACGACAUCAACAAACAUCUCGAGAGAAAACAUAGCGGAUGAUUUUUCAACCGUUUCCCCAAAUGAAUCCCAAGCGCAGGAGAAUUCCGUUGCCAAAUUAAAUUGAAUGAUACGCUUCGCACAACUAAAGACUUUUCCAUCUCAGGACUCACCGUUAUCCUUCAGCUGCCAUAAUGCGAUUCCGACGCUUCGCUAAAUUUGAUGCCCAACGAUCGUUGCUAUUAAUCGUAUUGGCGUAUUUUUUCGCUGCUUUUGGCAUGAUUUUCUGGAGUGCUCUUUUGGUUCCAACUUUUAAUUCGAAAACUAAUUUCUUUUCAGAGAGAGAUCCGUUAUCUUUAAAUAAACUUUUUCUACAAGAUGCAUUUAUUCUCAAACAUUCCAUGCGAAAUAAGACGUAUUAUCUAUUAAAAUCUAAAUCUAGAUCUUCGUCGUCAUCAUCGUCAUCAUCGUCAUCAUCUUCAUCGUCAUCAUCUUCAUCAUCAUCAGCGUCAUUAUCAUCGUCGUUAAAUUCAUCGUCAAAAUUAUCAUUAAAGUUAUUACCAUCAAAGUUAAAAUUAUCAUUAAACUCAGCAUCUUCAUCAUCAUCAUCAUCGUCAUUAUCAGCAUCAGGGGCAGCAUCAUCAUCAUCAAACACAGACUUUCCAUAUUUCGCAAAAGACUUCAUUAUAAAAGAUCCAACGGUUUCUGGUUGGAUUAAAAACCGAGCUUAUUUUUGUUCAAAGGGAAUUGAAUGUUUCUCGAGUGAAUUCGCAAAGCUAAACGAUGUUUUAAUUGAUACAAAAUUGUGCAAGGGUCACGAAGGGGGAGAAAACCUUAACACUGUGUUCAACCAAUCGGAAGAAGAGGAAUAUCUAAACCUCGAACCCGGUUUCUUUAAAGUAAACUGUCAUUCGAUAUCAACGUAUCAGUUUCUAAAAAGAAACCAUUUGAAUGAUUGGUGGUCAGUGUUAAAAGGAACAUCUAGUUUCAGAUAUCAAAACAUUUUCACUGAAACGUGUUUUACGAUAGCAAUUACGCGUUACGAAUACGUCAAUUUCUAUCACACCAUGACGGAUUUUUAUAACGCUUUUCUAAUGUUGCUUGUAUUCAAAAAACAGCCACGAAAUGUCAGAAUUCUUUGGAUUGACGCACAUCCUCAAGGUUCGCUUGAUUCUAUAUGGAAAAAUCUUUUUGCAGGUUACACUAGGUUAAAAAGGAUAAAGAGGCCUGUCAUAUUCCGUGAACUUGUUUGGAGUAUUAUGGGAUAUAACAGUCCGAUUAUGCAAAUGGACCGUGAUACUUUACCAUACGUUGAAGAAUUCCGCGAUUUCUUCUUAAAAAGGUUCAAUCAAACGGCAAACAGAGAACUCGACUGUUCAAGUUUGAACGUAUUGUUUAUCUGGAGAAGAGAUUACAUCGCACAUCCGAGAAACCCCAAAGGAAUUGUCUCAAGAAAAAUCAGAAACGAGUUAGGCCUGUUACAACAAGCACGAAAACGUCUUUCAGGAAAACACUCUGUCAAAGGAAUACAAAUUGAUCUUUUUACAAUAGACAUGCAACUAAACUGGAUUAUUAACACUGAUAUUCUUAUUGGAAUGCACGGUGCAGGAAUGACCCAUUCAUUAUUUCUACCAAAACAUGCGGGUGUUAUUGAGUUUUUCCCUACAUACUGGCCAGAUAACAAUGCCCACUUCCGUUCUAUAUCAAUGUGGAGGAAGCUGAAAUAUCUAAAAUGGCAGAACAGUGACACUAAGAACGAGUUCAUUAACAUGUACACACAAAUACCAACCACUGUUUUGGCCAACAUGCUGGAUGAUAUGUUGAACAGGAUCUGCCCAAAUAUCAUAUGAAACAAACACACGCGCAUAUAUACGCACAUACACACGCUCAUGCAAACAGGCUUACACGAACACAAACGCAUUUACAUAAACUCACUAACAUUCCAAGAAAAUAUAAAAGUUUCUCAUAAAAUAACAAACACAAAAGUCUUACAUACAAAGAGGGGUUCUUUUUAUUGUUAUUGUUGGUUUUUGCUUUUUUUUCUACAUUUUGUUAUUUCCUUUUUACUGAAAAAUAAAUAUAUGUUUGAAGGGAAAUUAUGUUUGGAAUGUGACCAGAGUUAUUCAAAACAAAAAUAAAAACUGAUUUCCCUCCAAACAGUAUAUUCAAAACUGAUUUUAUAUUCUAUAUUAUUAUUAUCGUUACUUUCUGCUUCAUCUUCCGGCCGGGUCUCAACCAGGGACCUAAGGCAUAGAUGGAGAGAAACUUCUUGGGAAGGUAAGCGGUUGAUUCCCGCACAAUUUUUUAAUUUUGUAGAUUGUUGGUUUUCAGGGGAUCUAGUCAAAAAGUGCGUUGGUACCUUUCUUGAUCAUUUCCAUGGCUACACAACAGGGAUGAUUUUGGUUUUUAAUUGUCACAUCCUAGAUAUCUCAAUCUCAAAGUCCUUGCAUUUCGAUAGAUUUUCAAAUUCAUUUGCUGAGGCGUUUCUAUUUCUAGGCACCGUCAUAUCAAUUUUUGAUGAUGAUGUCUGGCCUGUUAUCAUUUAUUUGCUUGCCGUCUGUAUGUAUCCCAUAAUCCCAUACGAUGGUAACAUUCUCUCCCUCAGUGACUGGUUGUGAGUGGUGUUCAGACCAGUACUUAGGAUGUGGGAUAUCAUUGAUAGCAUAUUCACCUGUGCAAGUAUUGCCCAAAUCGAUCAUGUCUGGAUAUAUAUUCUGCAGGAGCAAGGACUGAGCAAACGGCAUCAAUGUGGACAACGCUUUCAAGUUUGCCAUCGCAGAGUCUACACUUUGUACUUGACGUUAGCUUGAUAGUUCCAAGUGCAACGUUCUUUAUACAACUUUGAACAACUUGUGUGUUGGGCUACAUUAAUUCGUGCGUUGUGCUGAACUGAGAUCACAAUGCGAUUAUGAUUCUUUUUUAAAGCAAUUUCCCUUUAAUUAUAAUGACUAUAUAUUUUUUAAAUAAAAGCUUCAACAAC